AUGAGUGAACAUAUAUCCAUUACCGAAUCGAACAAUAGUACAUCAACAGAACCAACUAAACCAUCAUCUGAUGUAGCAACUGUUGGUUUAGAUCGUCCAUACACUACUGCAGAAGCUUUCUGUAGAAAUAUUGGACUUGUCUCAAAAGAAGAACAAGCAAAGAUUGAAAGAACUUGUGUUGCAAUUGCUGGCUGUGGUGGUGCAGGUGGAGGUUAUGCAAGCGCAUUGGCUAGAACAGGUGUCAGUAAUUUCAAAUUUGCUGAUUUUGAUCACUAUGAAUUGGUCAACUUUAACAGGCAAUAUGGUGCGACCGUUAAUUCAAUUGGCAGAAACAAGGCAAUUGUCACAUCUGAAAUUGUGCUUGCCAUUAAUCCACUUGCCAAAACUAAAGCAUUCACCAAUGGUAUUGAUGAAAGUAAUAUUGAUGAUUUCCUUGAUGGUGUAAAUGUUGUAAUGGAUGCACUCGAUCUGUUUGCACCAAGAACCAGACGUUUACUCUACAAACAUGCACACAAGAAGGGAAUUGCUGUGUUUACUGCUGGUCCAAUUGGUUAUUCAUGUGCUUGGCAAAUCUAUCUUCCAACUGGUCCAACAUUUGAUGAUUUCUGUUGCAUGAAUGAUAGUAUGAGUGAUGAGGAUUUGAUAGUUAGACAUUUAAUUACAGCAGCACCUGCUGGCACUCAUCUGAAAUAUAUGAAAGCAAAGAAUGUUGAUUUGAGUGGACAUGCUGCUCCAUCUCUGGGUCCUGUUUGUACUAUGUUGCAUGGAAUUUUGGUGAUUGAGGUGAUUAAUUUUGUGACAGGAAAGAAGCCAAUUAAGGGUGUGCCACAUUAUUUCCAAUUUGAUAUGAUGACCAAUCAAUUCAAGACGGGCUAUUUGAGAUGGGGAAAUAGAAAUCCAAUUCAAAAGCUGAAGAUUUGGUAUCUCAAUAGAUUAUUGGAAAAAGGAAAGAAGGAAAGAGCAUUGGAAACUAAACAACCAAAGGAUACAGAAAAGGAAACUGAAUUGAAGGAAUAA